AUGGCGGUGUUGCCUGCAAUGGGUGGUGAGGCAGACCUUCCUCCUUCGGCUCCAUCCACCUUCCCUGGCAGUUCAGGUGUAUCUGCCGUCGAGGUGACGCAGCCGACUGCUGCUUCAGUUGGAACAGCAGGAAAGGCGGGCCAGACCCAGACGACGCAGCCUCCGGCACAAGCACCGGUUUCCUCCGAGUCGAUGGUUUCUACUCAUAUCGAAUUGGAGGAAACGAAGAAUCAGGAAGGAGGGCCUUUCCCUCAUUCUCCUACAAAGCCACAGCAGCUGGGGUCUCCUGUGGUACCCGUUCGGGCAGGAGGCGGAGAACAGGGGAAAAGGCAGAAGCGGCCGGGCGUACGGCAGCCUUUAGGGCUUCGCUUCUUCCUCGCGGUCUUCACUGCAUGCCUCACAGGCCUGAUUGCUGGAUACGACCUCUGCUGCGUGUCCGUCGUCCUCAACCCUGUUCAGCAUGCGUUCGGUCUCUGUGGAAGUUCCUUUACCUGCGCUGACAAAAGCAUGUUUAUCGCGCUCUUCGCACCUGGAGCUGCGAUUGGCGGCCUCUGCGGAGGGUUGCUCGCUGACGCAGUUGGACGACGAACGGCUCUCUUCCUCAGCGACGUGCUCGUCGUCAUGGGAGGUUUGUUCAUCUCCGUAGGCGUUCGUUUUGCGCAUCUCUUGCUGGGGCGGUUUCUUUUGGGCUUGGCAACGGGCGUCGGUUUCGUCGUCAUCGCGACGUAUAUAAGCGAAAUCGCACCUCAAUCGCUGCGAGGCGCGCUCGUUAGUUCUCAGGAAAUGCUGCAAGUGUGCGGUUGCCUCAGUGCGUAUGGAGCGGCGUGGGCCUUCGGAGCUUGGACGUGGCGGCCGCUGCUGGAAGUGAUCCCAGCCCUGGGCGUCCUGCAGGCGCUGUGUCUUGUCUUCUUUCUGCCUGAAAGCCCGCGAUGGCUCAUCCAAAGAGGCCUGCUCUCGCAAGCGGAGAGGGCGUUAGUCAGACUGGGCAUGAGUCGAGAGAGCGCUGCCGUUUCUGUGGUACAUUUAAGGCGUCAGGCCAACCACCAGUCGCAGCCGGGAAUUGGCGAAUAUUUUCAAAAUGUGCGCCGAGGUGUAUCGGCCCACAAACGCGCUCUCGGGAUAGCCGUGGCAUGUGCAGUCGCGCACCUCGCUACGGGAGGAAGCACUCUCCAGUAUUUCGUCGUCGACAUUUUCCAGUUCGCCGGCAUCUGUGACACCCGUGCUGCAGGCUUCCUAGUCGGCAUAGCGAAGAUGGCCGGUGUCGUCACGUGCGUGGGCCUGGUGGACGUAUGGGGACGAAGGAAGCUUCUUUUCCUGGGAGUUGGCGGCAGCUGCCUGUGCCACAUUUUGUUGACGGUUGCCUUCGGCAUGCUGCAAGUAACUCGCGGCCAUCUCAGCGGACGAUGCGCACCUGAUGCACUAACUGCAGGUUGGGGGCAUCUCGAGCCGGCGUCCUACCUUGCUUUGUCAGCGGUUUUGAGUUACAUUUUUUUCUGGAGCGCUGGCUGGGCGAGCUUGAUGCUCGUCAUUGCAAGCGAGGUAGCGCCCACCUGCGUCCGUGGCGUUGGAGUCGGGUUGACCACCAUGACGAGCCAUGUGGGCGCCUUCGCUCUGCAGAUCGGUUUUGAGCCGCUCUUUGAAUCGGUCACUCAGGCCGGAACGUUCUCAAUUUUCGUAGUGACCAGCCUGCUCUCGUUGAUCUUCACGUUACUCGCGGUCCCCGAGGCCAAAGGUUGCUCUCUGGAGACACUACACGCGGAAGAUCCGGAAUCGGGGCAUAAGACAGAUGGCUCGAAGAAGAACGUACAAGUUUCUUGUGGAGGCAACAAGAAUGCGGCUGUCGUUCAGUAG